UUUAUCAACCAAUCAAGUAUUUUUCUGACAGAUCCCCAAAUAUUCCCGGGCCAAUGGAGGGGGAAGCCCAAGAUAACUCUGCUGCUCCUCUGGGAGGCAGCUCCUCUUAAGCUGGAGCAGGAGGGCAGGAGCUCAGUGGAGCCCUGGGCUGCUGCCAUCUCUGCCCUGGCACUUGCUCGCCUGCGUCACUGUCAGGAUUUGUCUAGCAACGUGUUCCCUCACAGGGGUGUGUUGGGGGGAGUCCUGUUUCCGACUUUCGAAAUGGUUAUCAAAGUGUUUGUUGCUACAUCUUCUGGGUCCAUAGCGAUUAGGAAGAAACAGCAAGAAGUUGUGGGCUUUUUGGAAGCAAAUAAAAUCGACUUUAAGGAACUAGAUAUAGCUGGAGAUGAGGACAACAGGAAGUGGAUGAGAGAGAAUGUUCCUGGGGAGAAAAAACCUCAAAAUGGGAUUCCUUUGCCACCCCAGAUCUUUAACGAAGAGCAGUAUUGUGGGGAUUUUGACUCUUUCUUCUCUGCAAAAGAAGAGAAUAUUAUCUAUUCGUUCCUAGGUUUGGCUCCCCCUCCCGGUUCAAAGGGAACCGAGAAGGCUGAAGAAAGUGGAGAAAAUGAGGCACAGAAAGAGGGCGGUGAAGAUGCGGGCAACCUCCCUGGAUCCCAGAAGGAGGAAGAAGAGGGAGAGACAGCAACAGAAGAGACGGAAGAAAUAACUGAGGAGGGAGCAGAAGGGGAAGCGGAAGCCGAAGGUGAAGAGGAGCCAGGAGAAGAAGGAGAAGACUCUUAGGCCUUUCAUGUUUAAUUUCUUCCGCGUUUCCAGAAAACCCAAGCCAUGAAGCAACAUUUCAAAUAUCUCCCACAAACCAAACUCUAUGAAAUACCUUGGCCUGAAGCUAGCACAGCCCUCCGCACAGUGGGGCUCACCCAGGGCUCAUCACACCUGACAUGCUGAGCUGUACAGGGAUAACCCCUUAAUCAUACUGAUAGGAAAUUAAAUGUGAAUACAGCAUGUGCAGCCUUCCUGCGCCCGAUCUUGUUGGCCUUGGCCAAGUUUGUCUGUUUGUUUUCGCUUUGCAUGACUAGACCUUAUUAAUCACUGAAAAACACGAUUUCAAGGUGUGGAGCUUCUUUCUCUUUGUGAUACAAUAAAUGUAUUUCUUCUAAAGUGCCUUAUGCUACUUGUCUCAGAAUUAGCUUUGAAAAUGAAGUGCUUUCCAGAGAACAAUCAUAGAAAUAAAGAUGGAUAGUAAAAGA